CAACAACAUGUUGGUCACUCGUGCAACCCCGGCAGCCAUUCUCCGCUUGCUGCUUCUGAGUGUCUUACUCUGCCACGCCCCCGCUGCCCCCGCCACCCACCACUUACCAGCUGCCCUCCAUCAGUUGCUCUCCAGUUGGCCACCACAGCGCACUCCCUACCAUCUCCCUUCUCAACAGUCUCUGACUAAUGAGGAGGCGGAUGAUGGAUUGGUGGUGGACCCAGUGAUGGUGACGUUGCUCCAGCUACUGUCCCGCCCCGCCUUGGUCUCCCACACCCAAAGACUGCCUCCCCAGAGUUCUCCCGUCCUCCUCCCCGCUGACGUCGCCAGAUUCUACAACAAAAGAAGCAGGAGCAAUGUCGUCCUUGGCUGCAAUACGAUGGGAGAGUUAAACCCUAAGAACUGCGGUCCCUUAUUAAUGCAACGCUAAGAACAUAACGACUACAUAGAGCCACACCAUCGAAAAGAAGGUUCAAAUUAUAUCCUACCGCCACCUUGGUUGGGUUCAUUGUUAACAUCGCCCAUGUGUCAGGUUAACGGUGUUCAGUGUUUGUACUACGAACCAUAUAUAAUGUGUUGAAAAUAAAAUAAUAAAUAUAUAUCACUUAACUAUUGAGGAA